CAACUCUUCCCUAGCUCCUCUAUAUAAAGACAAGCCUCCUGGCUGCUUCUCCACAAGUGAUCUGUACCUUUUUCUCUGCUUUUUGCUCUCUCCUUUCAGUUCAUAUUCGUAUUGGCUCCUUCCUUCCUUCCAAGGUAUAUAAAAUGUGGAAGCUGAAGAUCGCAGAGGGGGGAGAUGAAUGGUUGGCGAGCUGCAACAAUCACGUGGGGCGACAGCACUGGGAGUUCGAUCCCCAGGCCGGCACUGCCGAGGAGCGAGCUCUUGUCCAACGGCUUCGCCAAGAAUUUACCCUCAAUCGCCACCGCGUCAAGCAAAGCUCCGAUCUCCUCAUGCGCAUGCAACUCAAGAAAGAGAAUCCACUCGGAGAAAUCCCAUCGGGCGUGAAAGUUAAAGACACAGACGAAAUAAGUGAGGAGGCAGUGACAAGGACGCUACGAAGGGGGCUCUCCUUCUUCUCAAGCAUUCAGGUCCACGAUGGUCAUUGGCCCGCUGAAUCUGCUGGCCCACUCUUCUUUCUUCCCCCGCUGGUCAUAGCUUUGUAUGUCACAGGAGCAGUGGACGCCAUUUUGUCAGCAGAGCACCAGAAGGAGAUCAUUCGUUAUAUAUACAACCAUCAGAAUGAAGAUGGAGGGUGGGGAAUACACAUUGAGGGGCACAGCAGCGUAUUCGGGUCAUGCCUGAGCUAUAUUUGUUUGAGGCUACUGGGAGAAGAGGGCGACGAAGACGGUGUAUCCCGAGGGCGCAAAUGGAUUCUUGAGCACGGCGGCGCGCUAGGCAUCCCCUCCUGGGGGAAGUUCUGGCUCACCGUACUUGGCGUGUACGAGUGGGGUGGCUGCAACCCCAUGCCGCCUGAGUUCUGGUUGCUCCCCAAGCUCUCUCCCAUCCAUCCCGGCAAAAUGCUCUGCUAUUGUCGCUUGGUUUACAUGCCCAUGUCUUACUUGUAUGGCAAGCGAUACGUCGGCCCUAUAACGAGCCUGGUUCGAUCCUUACGGCAAGAGCUCUACCAUCAGCCCUAUCAUCUGAUUGACUGGAACAAAGCUCGAAACACCUGCGCAAAGGAAGAUCUCUACUACCCUCAUCCUUUAAUGCAAGAUGUGCUUUGGGGAUUCCUUCACCAUUUCGCGGAGCCGGUUCUAAUGCGCUGGCCUUUCUCCUCGCUGAGGGAGAAGGCUCUGAGAGUUGCCAUGGAACACGUACACUAUGAAGAUGAAAACAGUAGAUACCUUUGCAUUGGAUGUGUGGAGAAGGUGCUAUGCCUUAUUGCUUGCUACGUGGAAGAUCCUAAUUCAGAAGCAUACAAGCGGCAUCUAGCCCGAAUCCCCGAUUACCUUUGGGUGGCUGAAGAUGGCAUGAAAAUGCAGAGUUUUGGGAGUCAAAUGUGGGAUGAGGCAUUUGCUAUUCAAGCAAUUCUAUCCAGUAAUCUUGCUGAAGAGUAUGCAACAACUCUUAGAAAAGCGCACGAGUUUGUGAAAGCCUCACAAGUUAGGGAUAACCCUUCAGGGGACUAUACUAAAAUGUAUCGGCACACUUCUAAGGGUGCAUGGACAUUUUCAAUGCAAGAUCAUGGUUGGCAAGUUUCAGAUUGCACUGCUGAAGGAUUAAAGGUUUCACUUUUGUUUUCACAAAUGUCACCAGAACUCGUUGGGGAAAAGAUUGAAACAGAACGCUUAUAUGAUGCUGUCAAUGUUCUUCUUAGCCUACAGAGUAGCAAUGGUGGUUUUCCAGCUUGGGAGCCUCAAAGAGCAUUCCGCUGGCUCGAGAAGUUCAACCCUACAGAGUUCUUCGAAGAUGUUCUCAUUGAGCGAGAGUACGUGGAAUGCACCUCAUCAGCAAUUCAAGGAUUGGCACUGUUUAGAAAGUUGCAUCCAGGACAUCGGGGAAAGGAGAUAGAAAAGUGCAUCUUAAGGGCAAUAAGAUACAUUGAAGAAACACAAGAUGCUCAUGGUUCGUGGUAUGGUUGUUGGGGGAUUUGCUACACCUAUGGCACAUGGUUUGCAGUAAAGGGCUUGGUUGCUUGUGGCCAAAACUACCACAAUAGUCCCACGUUGCGCAAAGCUUGUGACUUCCUAUUGUCAAAGCAAUUGCCUGACGGUGGAUGGGGAGAGAGUUUCCUUUCGAGCUCAAACAAGGUAUACACAAAUCUUGGAGACAACCAAUCAAACUUGGUACAAACGUCAUGGGCAUUGUUGUCACUAAUUGAAGCUGGACAGGGUGAAGUAGAUAGGAACCCCAUAGACCGCGGAAUAAGGUUGUUGAUAAAUUCACAAAUGGAAGAUGGUGAUUUUCCUCAACAGGGAAUCACGGGCGUGUUCAUGAAAAAUUGUACCCUAAAUUACUCGCUAUAUCGAAAUACUUUUCCCAUAUGGGCUCUGGCGGAGUAUCAGCGCUGUGUUGGUGUUGUACGUGCGUAACUAAGUGAAAGACAAUAUACAGUUUCUGGAGAAAUACUCAACUGUAUAUUGGCAGAUGGGUGCGUGAAUAAAUUACAUGUGCUAUGUUUGUACACGUGUCUUGUUUUUGUUAUAGCAUUAUAUGUUGUUGGAAACUUGUAAGGUGCCUACGUAAGUGUUCCCAUGCAUAUUGUCUUCUCCUCGUUGGUUGGAUUUUAAUUAUUUGUGAUAUUUAUAUGUUGUCGUUGUCAUA